CCAGAGAACUGUCCGAAAUGUCAAGCGGCUACGGACUAUCAGUGCAAAAACAACAGAUGCAUUCCUAAGAGAUGGUUGUGUGACUUUGAGAACGACUGUGGUGACAACUCAGAUGAGUCAGAAGACCUGUGUAAAGGACUUUAUCGUCAGUGUUCGGAGUCUGAGUUCCAGUGUUCCAACGGUAAAUGCAUACCGGGCCAGUGGAGAUGUGACCACGAUGACGAUUGCGGUGACAACUCGGAUGAACUCAACUGUGGUGGGUUCCAGUGUAAGAACGGCACCUUCCAGUGCAAGAGUGGCCAUUGCAUUGCAUCGUACUUCCGAUGUGACGGCGACAGAGAUUGUCGAGAUUUCAGUGAUGAAAUCGGCUGCCCACCCAGGUACCCUGAAGGUCGAUACUGUCCUAAGUCCAAGUUUGAGUGCAAGACUACUAAGCUGUGUGUUUUCAACUCCGAGAUCUGUGAUGGCGAAGAUGAUUGUGGUGAUGGCUCCGACGAAGCGCCUGAACUCUGCUCCAACAUGAGUUGUACACUCGACAACCGUUUCUCUUGUGACAACAAACAUUGCAUCCCGAUGUACCAGCGUUGUGACGGCGUAGACAAUUGUGGAGACGGUUCUGACGAAAACGAUUUGAGUGUUUGUGGUAUGAUGCACAAUAUCAGACAGUGUGAUCAUUAUACCGAAUUCACAUGUGCUAACCGUGAAUGUGUCAACAAGUCAAAACUAUGUAACCUUCAGUAUGACUGCGAAGAUCUGUCUGACGAAAAAGGAUGCCAUUAUUCAGGCACAUGUUUAGAAUCCACAAAAGGUGGUUGUGAACACUACUGUUUGAAUGUGACGUCAGGAAAAGGAUUCAGCUGCGCAUGUUACGCUGGAUACCAGAUUGGAGAGAACAGUAAAAAAUGCGAAGAUUUGGACGAAUGUCAGUUAGGACUUCACCAUUGCUCCCAAGACUGUACGAACAUAAACGGUUCAUUUAUUUGUUCAUGUCGGGAGGGUUUUGUGUUAAGCGAUUUAUUUAGCGGUGUAUGUAAGGCCGUGGAUCCAAAGUUGACCAUAGUAUACACUAAUGGUCCUGAAUUACGAGGGUAUGAAUCCAAUGAGAGGAAACACUUGUCGAUCCUCAGCAACGAGAAACGUAUACGGGCUAUUGAUUUUGAUCCAAAAUCCGAAAUAAUUUAUUGGGCCGAUUCGUAUGACCAGUCGAUAAAACGUUCGUACAUGGUGGACGCUAAGAGUGGACAAGUCAAAGUGGGGUACCCGCAAGAUCUAGAAAUCAAAGGACCGUAUAAGCCUGUGGCGGUUGCCAUAGACUGGAUGGGUGACAAUCUUUAUUGGGCCGAAGUUGACUUAUCGAAAGAGGAUAAACCAGCUGGGCGAAUAAUGGUCGCUAAACAAGAUGGAAGGUAUAGAAGAUCGAUUGUUAGCAGUGGAUUGGACACGCCUUCCUCUCUGGUUUUGGAUCCUGAAAUGGGUAAAAUGUUCUGGGCGGAUGUUGGAGAAACUCCUAAA